UUAUUUCUCACUUUCUCUUUGUAUUUUCAUUUCUCAUCUUAUUCUCUUGUUUGAAGAUCUCACUUCCGUUUUUAAUUUAUUUCUCUUCUAGUAUUUGAAGACAUUAAGGCAAGUGGGGAAGUUAGGUGCAAUGGCUUCUGAGAGUAGCAAUUUUGACAUCUCUGGACCCUUACAUCUAACUCAUGUCAAUUGGGAUAACCCAUAUAAUCGAAAGUCAGUAGCUGCUAGUUUGGUCCAAGGUGCUUACAUUCUAGAAGAGGAUCGACAAAAACAAAGGGAAGGUUCUAAUGCUCUAGCACCUCGUUGGUGGACAUUCUUCCACUUUCAACUCCUUCAUACACUAGUUGAUGAUGUUGGUAACUCCAUAUUUGGUGCAAUUUAUGAGUUCAAGCCUCCAUCAUCAAUGUACAACAACACCUUACAUAGAGGUCCUCGUUAUGUAAUCGCGUUUCGAGGGACUAUGAUCAAAGUAAGCUCAUUUAUGCGUGAUAUUAGAUUGGAUCUCAAACUUCUCAAAAAUGGACUUCAUCGAACUUCACGUUCAAAAAUUGCUAUCGAAGCCGUCAAAAACACAGUGGUUAGUGUUGGCAGUUCCAAUUUAUGGUUGGCCGGGCACUCUCUAGGAUCAGGCAUGGCAUUGCUUGCUGGAAAAACAAUGGCUAAAAAUGGUGUAUUCAUUGAGACUUUUCUUUUCAACCCUCCAUAUGCAUAUGCUCCAGUCGCGAGAAUCAGAAACAGGAAAUGGAAACGUCGGAUUAAAUUCGCUGGCAGUAUGCUAACGGCCGGAUUCGCAAUUGCCAUGAAGGAUAAGAAAAAUUCUACCUUUGAUUCAUUUGUUGCUCUGCCUAACUGGAUUCCAUGCUUAUUUGUGAAUCCACAUGACUAUAUAUGUUCAGGGUAUGUCGAAUACUUUGAACAGAGAAGAAAAAUGGAGGAGAUUGGUGCUGGAAGCAUUGAGAAGAUAGCAACACAAAACUCAGUUGUUUCUCUUAUGAUGAGUGCAUUGUUUGAUAAGGAUUCUGAACCUAUGCAUGUCAUUCCUUCAGCUAAUGUGACUGAGAACUUAACUCCACAACAGAACUUCAUAGAAGCUCAUAGACUUAACCAGUGGUGGAAACCAGACUUACACUUGGAAUCCAAGCUCUACAAAUACCAGUAGUUUUUCUAGUUAUUCUACUCAAUUGCUGCAUUUAUGUAUUUUAAUCUAUUUUGUUUGUGGUUUUCCAUUUGAAUUUUUUUAAAAAAAUUAUUAUUAAUAAGGUAAUAUUAAUGGCCAUUUUAUAAUUGAUGAACUAAGGAUGAUAGUUAUUAGUGCUGGAUUGAAUGUACAUGUUUUUAGUUUCCAAAAGAAUCAGAAUCAGAAUCAGUUGGAUUGCUUUGCCUA